AUGACUAAAAAACAGUCUACAUUAAAUGUUCAUGAACAAAAAAGUUGGUCUACAAAAGCUUUUCAUUUAAUAUUGUGUACAACUGGUAUUGUUUUUGGAUAUACUAUUUUUGGGUAUAUUCAAGAAAAAGUAUUUUUAACAAAUUAUGGAAACGAAGGAGAAAAAUUUAAUUACGUUUUACCUCUAGUCUUUUUUCAAUGUUCUGUUAAUGCUUUAACUGCCAUGUUUUGUUCAAAAAUUAGUGGAAAUACAAUUAAAAAGGAUACAGUACCAAGGGGAAGUUAUGCUAUUAUAGCUAUUAGUUAUUUAAUAGCAAUGCUUACUUCAAAUUCAGCAUUAAAACAUGUACCAUAUCCUACUCAGGUGUUAGGAAAAUCAUGUAAACCUAUUCCAAUUAUGAUUUUAGGAGUUCUUUUUGCUUCUAAACAUUACAAAUUAAAAAAAUAUCUUUAUGUUUUAUUAAUUGUUAUUGGUGUAGUAAUUUUUAGUUACAAAGGUAGCAAAGCAGGUUCUAAAAGUGGUUUUAGUUUUGGAUAUGGAGAAUUAUUGUUAUUGAUCUCAUUAACUGCUGAUGGAACUACAGGUGCUAUCCAAGAUAGAAUAAGACGGGAUCACUAUAGUGAUAAAUGGGGAAUGAUGUUUUUUAUGAAUUUAUUUUCAUCAAUAUAUUUAUUUAUUUAUACAUUUUAUUCUGGAGAAUUGAUGGGUUUUUAUGCCUUCAUCCAAAAACAUAUGGAGGCUCUUUACUUGAUUUUAUCACUUUCUUUUGCAUCAGCUUUAGGUCAAUGUUUUAUAUUUAAAACUGUUACAGAAUUUGGACCAUUAACAUGUUCAAUUGUAACAACAAUAAGAAAAAUUAUUUCUAUUAUUUUGUCGGUUGUUGCAUUUGGUCAUUAUUUCUCUACACAACAAGCUAUCGGGACAAUUAUUGUAUUUGGAGCACUAUUAUUAGAUGCUAUAGAAAGCAAAAAAGCAGCAUCUAGUAAGCAAAAAAGAUUCUUCCUUUUUUUUGUUUUGUUUUUUACUAUUAUUGGUGGAAAUAUACCUAUUACAUUGAAAUUUAUGAAUAGGAUUUACGACAUCCUAGAUUUUGUAAAUUUAUUUUUAAUAAAAAAAGAAUAUAUGUUUUUGUUGCAAUAUCUUAACUGUUAUAUAAGUCAAUGA